GGGAAGCUGGGGUCACUUCCUGCUCCGUCCCAGUCACCCUGAACUGGUCCCCGGGUCCUCAGCCUGGGAUCACCCCUGGAGGAGGACCCCAGAGCCCGGGGCCCCCAGCCCGCCCCUCGAGGCCGGGCGGCGACGGGGUUCAGUCCCCCGGGGCUGGCCGUGCGCCCCCAGACCCCAGAGCCGGACUCUGCAAGGAGGAGCAGUCCUGAGCUUCGCCAUGGAGCCUGAAACCGUGCUGUGGGGUCCAGCCCUCGAGGAACCUGAUCAGAGCCCCAACUCCACUCACAGAGGUGUACAGAGCGAGAAUGAAGAGGAAAACGCCCAGCAGGAAAGUUCUGGAGAAGAGGUGAUCAUGGGGGAUCCGGAUCAGAGCCCAGAGCCCAAAGAGCUCCCUGAGAGAGUCUCCCAGGACCCCGAUGACUCCCAAGCCCCCUCAGGCUCCCCGACACCCGAGGUUGUCCCGACCCCAUCAGACUGGACCAAAACGUGUGAAGCCAGUUGGCAGUGGGGGACCCUGACUACGUGGAACAGCCCCCCGGUGGUCCCCACCAGCGAGCCCAGCCUGCGGGAGCUGGUGCAGGGCCGGCCGGCGGGGGCAGAGAAGCCGUACAUCUGCAACGAGUGCGGCAAGAGUUUCAGCCAGUGGUCCAAGCUGCUGAGGCACCAGCGCAUCCACACUGGCGAGCGGCCCAACACCUGCUCCGAGUGCGGCAAAAGCUUCACACAGAGCUCUCACCUGGUGCAGCACCAGCGCACACACACCGGCGAGAAGCCCUACAAGUGUCCGGACUGCGGGAAGUGCUUCAGCUGGAGCUCCAACCUGGUGCAGCACCAGCGCACGCACACGGGCGAGAAGCCCUACAAGUGCACCGAGUGCGAGAAGGCCUUCACCCAGAGCACCAACCUCAUCAAGCACCAGCGCUCGCACACGGGCGAGAAGCCCUACAAGUGCGGAGAGUGCCGGCGGGCCUUCUACCGCAGCUCGGACCUCAUCCAGCACCAGGCCACGCACACGGGCGAGAAGCCCUACAAGUGCCCCGAGUGUGGCAAACGCUUCGGCCAGAACCACAACCUGCUCAAGCACCAGAAGAUCCACGCGGGCGAGAAGCCCUACCGCUGCACCGAGUGCGGCAAGAGCUUCAUCCAGAGCUCAGAGCUGACCCAGCACCAGCGCACGCACACGGGCGAGAAGCCUUACGAGUGCCUGGAGUGCGGCAAGAGCUUCGGCCACAGCUCCACACUCAUCAAGCACCAGCGCACACACCUCCGCGAGGACCCGUUCAAGUGCCCGGUGUGCGGGAAGACCUUCACGCUGAGCGCCACGCUGCUGCGGCACCAGCGCACGCACACGGGCGAGCGGCCCUACAAGUGCCCCGAGUGCGGCAAGAGCUUCAGCGUCAGCUCCAACCUCAUCAACCACCAGCGCAUCCACCGUGGCGAGCGGCCCUACAUUUGCGCCGACUGCGGCAAGAGCUUCAUCAUGAGCUCCACACUCAUCCGCCACCAGCGCAUCCACACCGGCGAGAAGCCCUACAAGUGCUCCGACUGCGGCAAGAGUUUCAUCCGUAGCUCGCACCUCAUCCAGCACCGGCGCACGCACACAGGCGAGAAGCCCUACAAGUGCCCCGAGUGCGGCAAGAGCUUCAGCCAGAGCUCCAACCUCAUCACGCACGUCCGCACGCACAUGGACGAGAACCUGUUCGUCUGCUCUGACUGUGGCAAAGCCUUCCUGGAGGCCCACGAGCUGGAGCAGCACCGGGUGGUCCACGAGAGGGGCAAGACCCCUGCACGAAGGGCGCAGGCAGACUCCUUGCUGGGCCUGGGGGACCCCGCCCUGCCACCCCCCGGUGCAAAGCCCCACAAGUGCCUGGUGUGCGGCAAAGGCUUCAACGACGAGGGCAUCUUCAUGCAGCACCAGCGGAUCCACAUCGGGGAGAACCCCUAUAAGAACACAGAGGGCCUGGGCGCGCACCCUGCCCCCAAGCCACCCCAGCUUCGCACCCCUAGGCUCCCCUUCGGAGGGAAUUCCUACCCUGGGGCGGCUGAGGGCCGGGCAGAACCACCCAAAACACCUGACGGGCAGGAGAGCUUGGGCCAGAGAUUGCUGGCCUCUAAGUCAUUCACUUGUUCCCAGUGUGGGGAGACCUUCCAGGAGCGCCCUGCGUUCCUCCAGCACCAGUUGGCUCACAGGACCGGGACGGCUGAGGGCCCCGGGCCCAGCCCUUUCCUGGGUGGCAAGCCUUUUAAGUGCCCCGAAUGCAAGAAAAGCUUCGCCCUCAGCUCCGAGCUGCUGCUCCACCAGAAAGUCCAUGCGGGCAGGAAGGUGCCCAAGAGUUCGGGGCUGGGGAAGAGCUCUCCUGUGCUCCUGGAGCACCUGCGGAGCCCGCUGGGGGCCCGACCCUAUAGCUGCUCAGACUGCGGGGCCUCCUUCCCCGAUCGCCUGGCCCUCAGCCAGCACCAGGAGAGCCACACAUCAGACAAGUCCUCCCAGCCUGAGCACCCCCUUUCUGAGCCGGCCACACCAUCGUCCUCCUGCCAGGAGGGCAAGGCCCAGGCGCCCACACCCCCAGUGGGCAGCAGCCACAGGAAAGAGGAGCCCCUCAAAACCCUGCUGGGAGAAAAGCCCUACCCGUGCCCGGAGUGUGGGGACAGCUUCAUCGAAGUCGCAGCUCUGCUUCUCCACAGGAGCUGCCACUCGGGGGUUGCCUCGUGAGGGGGCUGGAGCCCAGGGCCCCUCUCUCCUAAGAGGAGCACUGGAUGCCCCCAGAAACGAUGUGGGAAAAGGAGAAAGAAAUAAGAAAAAAAAAAAAAAAGGAAAACCCUAUCAGAUUGUAGAGAAGCAGAGGAUGAAGAACACUGGGUGGAAAAUAGUGCUUUUUACAUCAGCAAGAAUAUCCCUGUAAGAGCAAUGGUGGGAACCACUUACAAGGCCAUAGCGAAAAACUGUUGAGUUAGAAACCCUCUUAAUAUGUAGGAAAAACAAACAAAAAACCCUUUAAGUCUGUAGCCGGAAAAACAAAACAAAAAACGCCACCAACAAAAAAACCCAAACAAACCCUAUAAACCAUAGAGGAUAAAAAGCCCCCUUAAUUAUAGUAAGAGGUCCCAGUAUGUCUCCAGGCACCCAGUCACACUGCAUCACAGUCCGGGGGGUGGGGGGGGACUCUCUAGAGUCGGGAAGUACAGGGAAGCCACCAGCGCCAUUGACCCUGGAAGAUGACCCUCAGAAAGGGAAGAAGAAUCCCCGAACUUGUUCCACAGUGAUCUCUCUAGAGGAGGAUAUAAGAGUCUCAGAAACCCUGGACAAUGACACUGAGGAAGACGCUUGGCUGGGAGGAGUGGUGGGAAUUGUGUGGGAUUGGAAAGAGAAGGUGAAGGAAACGGUGGGGUGAAGCCCUCAGACCCACAGAGGAGAAACAGCCCAGUUUCUAAGAUACGUCUAGUGGCUCCCUCCUCCCAACACACACUGGGCACUGCCUGGGGUCCCAGGUUAGUCUCAGCUGACUCAUGUAGUGGGGAAAAGCAGGCUUUUUAACAGGUAGGGGUGGGUGUGCAUGAAAACUUGAAGAAAAGCUGCCACAGAACUAGAGGAGAGAGGGUUGGAUUUCUGGUAGAGCACUUUGAGGGGAACAAAACCAAGGUGGGAAAACUAUUCGAGGUGGAACCCAGCUUAUAUUUCAAGUGUGAGCAGACUCCAGCUCAGGCUGCCGAGGUUCUCCCACCCCCACCCCCGUACCCCCGAGGCAGGACUGUCAUUCAUCCCGCCCAGCUGGGGGGUUCCUUCUCAGAGGCCCCCAGGAAUGGAGGGUCAGGCCCUGCCAUGUUCUCAGGUUUCCCCAUCAGGAGGUUCCUCCUGGAAUCUAAUCGCCACCAGCCUUGGUGCUGUGGCAGCCCCCGCCCUCAGUUGUGUCCUCAUGGAGAGGGAGCAUUUCUGGAUUCCAAAGAAUCCAGCCUGUGUGUAGGUAAAUCCUCCCUAAACUUGUGUCCCAUGUGGGGUCCCUGUGACAAGGAAGCACAGCAAUUGAGGGCAACUGGCUGUGAAACCUCACGCGCUCCCCCGAGCAUCUUUCUAGCAAGGCCGUCUGUUGGAUGAGCCCGGCAGCACACAGUGGGUGUCCAAACGCAUUGGGCGGUGGGUCUCUGAGGAGUGCUGAGGCCUGACCUGGGCCCUCAUGGUGACUAUGGGGAGGGAGACUUUGGCCAUCUAACUCCUCUCCCUCUCAGGCAGAAUCCUCUGGGGGGAACCAGAAAGAAUGAGGACCCAGCACUGUCUCCUGCCCUCACAGCACACCAUCACUGUCACCAGCCUCCUAACAUGGCACAUGUGGGGUGCAGAGACGGUCGCCCUGAGAGAUGAAUGAAGAGACUCAGCUCUUGUGGCAACUGUAACAAGAACCACCCCCACUCCAAACCCUGGAGACCCUUCUAGAAGGAGACAAGACUGUCUAUUGUGGGGUCCAAGAGGAAGUGCCCGCUGACCCCCUGCUGGCCUGAGAGGACUGUGCUUCCAGGUGCCAUGUGGCUCCUCGGAGCUGCCCCUCUGGAGAGGGUGACAAGGACUGUGACAAAACUGUGGACGAGAACUCCAAGUGGGAAAGGGGACAGUCCCCUUUAGCCAAACUGCCCCCAAGGGCCUGAUGCUCAGAAUCUGAGGUAGCACAGCUAGAAUAUUGCAGGAGGAAUGCCUAGGCCUGAGGGGGCUCAUGUGACUGUGGGGAAGCCCCUCUUCACGUCUCCAGUAGAGGCCCACUCAGAAGGAUCUGGUGGAAACACUGGGACAAGGGUGCAGCCUUCUGUGAGCCCCUUCUGUUUCCUGGCAGAAGCCCCAGUGAAAGGGGGGGGGGUCCCCCAUGUGACUGAGUCAGAGAAGUGGCUUCUCCAAGUCCAGGCAGACUCCCUCCACCCCCAAAGAUGGUAGCAGAAAGACUUCAAUUGUAGAAACGAACCCCUUGUAAAGCUAGAAUUCUUCCAGCCCCCUGAAAAUUAGGCCUGAGGAGUAGUCUCCAAUUAGGGGCUGUCCUGGGGGUACAGUAUUGGUGCUAGGGGAGCCUGUGGGCGGCUGGUCUGUGUGGUUGGAGGCCUAGAAGCCUAAGUGAGGGCUAGGGUAUAGCUUAUGUAUUAGGGUGCUCGCAUGUUGUAGGGAUGAGUGAGGUCGGGGCUCUCGGCCCUGGAACUGAAUGAAUGGAUGAUGUGGACAUGAUUCACUUCGGCCUGAGGUUUCAUGGUGGGAGAGGGGCAGAAUGGGAGACCCUGGGUUGCAGCUUUGUCUCUGUGACCUGACUCUCCAGAAUCCUUUAGCCAGGUGCUUUAACCAGAGACCCCUGACCCCACCCUCACCACCAGCUCAGGCUAAGGCUGGGGCAGCAGCAGUGGCCUGGAAACUGACUGCGGGCUGAUUCCAAGUUCAUCAAGUGCCCAGCAGAUGGGCAUAGAGCCGCCCACCCGACAGCAAGCGAUCUGAGCCUCUGGGAAAACUGGACGCUGCAGGCCUGGAGCUCAGGCGGGAAGGCGAGAGCAGGAGCCGGCCUGAGGCCUGGGUGGGGUGGGAAGGAGAAACCUGCCUCCUUGGCCUCAUCCGGGGCCCCACACUCACCUGACUUGGGCCCUCCACCCUCUAGUGAAGAGAGGCUCCACUUACGUGUUGUGUGUUGCUAACAGUGUUGUGGUUGUGUUGAUUAGUUGAGAAUAAAAGGGAAUAAGAUUU